AUGUCGAAAAAACUGUUUGUCGAUUCAGGAAGAAAAAGAAGACUUUCCUACAAUGAUGAUGAGUUUGUCACCCUCAAUCAAUAUGAAUCUUCAGAGAAGAAGAAAGUGAGGCCCACAGUUAAAAAGCGAUAUUCCAUCCAACAUCAAGCGGACUGGAACAGAUGCAUGGAAGGCUUUUCUGACUUUACGCCAAAAGAUGUUGUGAAGAAAAGAUGCCUGCAGAAGACUGAUCAUAGAAAUUCUGACAGGAAAAUUGUUAAGUGUCCUCUUCCUGCUGCUUCUUCUGUCGCACGACAGGAAAGUUAUAGAUCAGGAGUACCAAAACUGCAGCCUUCUCGCAAUGAUCCGAAUUCAAGUCUUGAAAUUUGUGAUUGGAGCUCCGGUAGUGAUGAAGAAGCCAGUGCCAGGAUCUCUCCUGCUUCCAAACAUCAACCUUCACCUCACCCUGUUUCUUCAACUGAACUACUAAAAGGUGCUUUAGAUGAAAGUGCUAAAAAAACUAAGGAGCUGGAAGAAGACGAGAUCUUGACUUAUAAUUCAGGUGAGGAAGACGUCAGUGUAUCUGUUGAAGACGAUAAGAAUCGAAAGACUGAUCAGGGCACUGAAUCUCAUAGUCCCGAUGUAUCCAUCACCUAUUCUGAUCCCUCACAAAUCAUUAAUAAAUGUGAUGACGCAGGGAAUGCUGCGAAUGGUAUAAAGGGCAGCGAUUGGCUGAAGAAGUUAACAGAAAUAACACCAGAGAAAUGUUCGACAGAAGAUGCACCAACAGACCAUGAAGAUUCUACAAAGAAAAAGAGAAAAAAAUAUGUGAAAUUUGGUUUUGUUGAACACCUGCAGCGUCUACACACAAGAGAGAAGUCUGCCUUCACAUUUUGGUCUCACAAGAAACAAGCUGCUCAACAAGACAUAAGCUCUAAGACGUUAAGCCUCCACAUCCUAAGCUGUCAGACUGCAUAUUCAUUAGUAUCGACGACUGCACUUGAAAUCCGUGACAGUCAAGAUCAAAUGGAGUCGAGCUGUCCAAUCCAAGUGCUUUUUAGCAAGUCGCGAGCACAGCAGUUACAACUGGAGGCUGGCUGUGAGGUCAAGAUUCAACCACCCUGGCAAACCUUGGAUCUUUGCAACAGUGGAAGAGUCAUACUCUGCACCAACUUCUGUUCUAUCUCGUCCCGUAAAGAUGUACCUGUGACGAGAGUUGAAUCUCCGUCCGUAAAGAGAAUACUGUUGUACAGCUGGACCUGCCAUUGCCAGCAAGAGCCCAUGAUAGAUCCUGUAAGCUGCCCUGGUGAAGUGGUUCGUACGAAGAGGACUAAUUCGGGGAUCGAUCAUCAGGGAGACAACAAUCCAAAAUCAUCAACUGAUGCUCUGAUUCCAUUUAACCGUGGCCUUCAGUGUGUUAAUGCUACCCAGCUUCCAAAAGUCAACAGAUCAAUUUUGGACAGUAUUGAGGUUCAAGGGGGUGGCACGAUGUAUGCUAGUGUGGCAUUUACGGCUGUAGUCCAGAGAACUGUGUGCAGACGUCAAUUCAUUAGCGAUGAUGGGAACAGUAACCUUUUGACGCAAAAAGGAAAGUUGCAGAAAACCGAAUUUAGGUGGUCUCUUCUUCUUCAAGAUGUCUUCGGUGCGAUUUGUGAAGUUUCUAUCCCAGAUGGCAGCCAGCAUCCAUGGGCAGACGUCAUCAAGAAUGGGGAGGGCGCUUUGUUUACAUUUCACAAUCUCUUGAUACAUCAAAGGACAAAUCGAGAAAAAAUGCCUUCCCUCUUCAGCAUGAUAGACUCUCUGUGGAUGACAGACAAAUUCCAGCUUCAUAUCACUAGCCAGGAGGAUUCCACUCAGGAAAGUUCUGCCCCUGCCACGCCUCCGAGCUUCUGCUAUGUUCUGACAGCCAUUCAGGCCACAGCCCAAGUCCAGAGUUCACAACACAGUAUGUUCACAGAGCCAAAGGUUACAUCACUUGCUGAUGUGAAGCAAUUGCAGAAAUCUAAACGUAUCACAUUUGAAGCUAAAGUAAUUUAUCUACAGAAUGGGAAAACAGGUGGCGAUACUUUCAAUUUAUACGUCACAGAUCCAACAAUCAGUCAACAGUCCGUCUCCUCGUCUUAUGUUCGUAUACAAGUUCAGCCAACAUGUGGAUUCCAUCUCAUCUCUGAUAAAAAUAUUUUUAUGCAGAAAUCACUGGUGCUCGUCUUCAAAGACAUCUGGUUACAUAAUGGAAACUACCUGGCGGAUGCAUAUUCAAGAAUGUCUUGUGCAAAUGAUUUGAAAUGGUCUCAACUUGCAAUCCAGGUGCCAAAACCUGCAGGGAUCUUCAAUUUUGGGAUGCUGGUAUCGCUUCAGGGUAAGAUCCAAGAGGUCGAUGAAGAGUCGGCAUAUAGUUGGCCUGUCUGUAAUAUUUGUGGGAAUGAAAAACUUACAUAUCAAUCAAAAACGCUAGGCAUGCUCUACUGUGGAGAAUGCUGUGGCCCUGUACAUUCUCCUGUUAACAGAUUAAGACUGGACAUAUUUCUGGAAACACCUGAUAUUGCACCCGAUCUCUAUAAGAUAAAAAUACAGUUGCUACAGUCUUCAAUCGAAAUGUUGCUGCCAGAAGAGGCUGAUGAAGAAGGCUACGAUAUCCAGUGUGUUCUUGAUAAAGAAAUUGGACCUAUCAACUGCAUUACAACUUCGGUGCUUAGGAAUAAACUCUUGAAGAAAAAAGUCAUUCACUUGACCGAGAUUGAACUGUGGUCAUGAGUUGUCUUGAGCUCUGCAGGUCAAAGCAUAUAUCAAACUACAUGUAGAAGCCAUUAUUGAUUUUAUGGUUCUCACUUUUAAUUACAUGUACGUACAGUUCUGGUAUUUGUGAUAAAAUUAAUGCUAUAAAUCCAAGGGGAUUUAUUGGGGGUUUUCCAGUGGAAUUUUCAAUUCGAGCUUUUAAAUUGACAGAUAGAUGAAUUAGAUUUGUGUGUGGGCUUAUUUAUUUAAUCUGUGGUCUGGGUCAACGAGCACUAUUUAAAGCAUGACAUACAAGUGUAAGUAGAAUCAAUCAUGAUCCUGACCAAUCCUUUCUGUUUUGAUAACCAGUGCAAGGUAUUCAGUGGUACAAUACAAUACAUGUCCCAUUAAAGCAUCCAUACUGAAUUUUGAAAGUGUGACGCGUUGGAUAGAAAGGGGAUAAAAGUCACAGAUUCCCAGGAAUAAACAAAUGACCCUUGGCCAAAUUAUUUUUGAUUGGUCAGAAUUGAAAAUUUAAAAUCUCAGUGACCGAGGUACGUGUUGAUGAAGGGGGAAGGAAAUAAUCAUGUUGUCUGCUGGAAAAUUAAAUUGGCUAAAACCACAUGACUUAGCCUGAAGUGUGAUGGCCAAUGGCUGUAGUUAAACGAUUUUAGACUGAGUAUUGGUUUAAAAGUGAGAGGGGGAAAAAGUCAUGAAUUCCCCUGGGGAAAAUGAAAUUGGGCUAAAACCAUGUGACUUGACCAGUUAGGAACCAAUGACUGUAGGGUGGUAAACCAGGAGCAUUAUUGUCCACUAAAAGGGAAUUUUGAUUUUUGAAAUCAAGGGAAUUCUGUAUCAGUUUGAUUCUGUACUUUUGAUUCUGAUUAAUGAACUUUUGAAUUUCGAAACAAAGCUGAAGAUUUGUCAUUGGUUCGAACUGCCAAGUGUAUGUUUUAACUUUAAAAAGGUUUAAUUUCUCUUAAAUUGAAUUUUGCUCGAUAUUUCACGCAAUACUUUUUGAAUCACUUUCACCAAGUCAUAUUAUGUACCGGUAUUGUGUUUUGUCAACAAAAACCAGACUGAUCCACAAUCCACCUGUCUGGUGAUUCAGCAUUAUUGAUUAUGUUAAUGACGGGUUUUUCCAGCCAUGUCAUGUGGUUCCAUUUUAUGCUGCGUCAUCCAUGACUGGGUUCUAUAAAUUACCAAAUCUACAAUGUCUAUAUUAUGAGAGUUUGAAAUUUCAUGUAAAAAAAUAGUCAGUUUAUGGAGGAUUAGAAUUGUAAUAUGUAAGCUGACAGUAUUUCUUGACGAGUCAAAAAUUGUGGGAAAAUACUUUUCCGUUGACAUUUUAUCUUACAGGGGAAAAUCUUGUGAUGACAAAAUCCAGGAUGAAUAAAUUGAGAACAUGUAUCUGAUGUACUGAAUUAAAAGGCCACCUAGCCAAUUGUUGUAGCUUCAAUUAUAAAGCGACAUCCUGGCUCACAUGGUUUUAUACUCACUUUAAAUGUAGUGGUACAGUUAUUUGUAAGUAAAAACUUUGUGAUCAGAAUGCCUCAAGUGAUGAUUUGUUGAUAGCCUGUCUCGUUAGAUAUAAAAUGUGGGCUUAUUUUUAUGUGUCAUGUCAUCCUCAACUAAGCAAAUACAAGUGGUUGUGGUCAUGUGAUAAAAACCAAUGAACCACUUCUAUUUAUAUCAAGCCAACGUAUAGCAUGCCAAUCCUUCUACUUCCAACGUGGCCUUUCCAACAAUGUUGGCUCUUGUCCAAAACACUUCUCACUAAUUCCUCAGAUUAAUGUGUUCUAGACCUCAGGCAAUUCAAAUCAGUGUAGUUCUUCCAAGGUUAGACAUUUCAGUAUUAGAAAGCCUUUUGGAUUAAAAGUGCAUGCUGCAGUGGCAUGGUUGAAUAUUUUCUAAAGCCAAUGAUUUGUACAAUUCUCAUAUGUAUCUACCAGUCGGUAAAUAUCUAUAUUAUAUUGAGUUAUUAUAAGCUGCAGUGGAAAGCCUGUGGGUUUUAAUUUCGGGAAUCCCCUGGGAAAGUUUUUGCUCACCUGACAGAGAUA